UGGUGGUGCCCAAGCGGCUGUGGAGCAGCGCGGGCGAGCUCGCGAUCCACCUGUCCGCCUUUGGCCAGGGCUUCGAGCUGCACCUGGCGCCCGACACCAGCUUCCUGGCGCCGGAGCUCAAGGUCGAGCGCCUGGGGGGCUCCGGCGGGGCGUCCCGGGCCGAGCGCCGGCUGCGCGGCUGCUUCUUCUCCGGCACGGUGAACCGGGAGCCCGAGUCGCUGGCGGCCGUCAGCCUGUGCCGCGGGCUGCGCGGCUCCUUCCUGGUGGCCAGCGAAGAGUUUACCGUCCAGCCCCAGGGCGGGGGCGACUCCCUGGAGCAGCCGCACCUCCUGCGGCGCUGGGGCCCCACAGCCGGCGAGGGACCCGGGACAGGAGACGAUGCGCCAGAGGAGGGCGACGACGAGGAGGACAACGGAGAGGCAGGCGGCGCCCGCGAACUGCCCUCACCCUCGGGGCCCACGACCAGGACCAGGCGGUCCGUAUCCGAGGCUCGCUUCGUGGAAACGCUGGUGGUGGCCGACGCGUCCAUGGCUGCCCUCUACCGUGCCGACUUGCAGAACCACAUCCUGACCUUGGUGUCCGUGGCAGCCCGCAUCUACAAGCACCCCAGCAUCCAGAAUGCCAUCAACCUUGUUGUGGUGAAAGUGCUUAUAGUGGAAGAUGAAACGUGGGGCCCAGAGGUGUCGGACAACGGUGGGCUCACACUGCGCAACUUCUGCAGCUGGCAGCGGUCCUUCAACAAGCCCAGCGACCGCCACCCAGAGCACUAUGACACAGCCAUCCUGCUCACAAGACAGGACUUCUGUGGGAACGAUGGGCACUGCAACACUCUCGGUAUGGCAGACAUUGGCACGAUCUGUGACCCCAGCAUGAGCUGCUCCGUGAUCAAAGACGAGGGCCUGCAGGCCGCCUACACCAUGGCCCACGAGCUCGGGCACGUGCUCGGCAUGCCCCACGAUGACUCCAAGCCCUGCGUGCGGCAGUUUGGGCCCAUGGAAAGGCACCACAUGAUGGCACCCCUCUUUAUCCACCCGAACAAGACGCUGCCCUGGUCCCCCUGCAGUGCUGUGUAUCUCACCGAGCUCCUGGACGACGGCCAUGGGGACUGUCUCCUGGAUGCCCCCACCUCAGCCCUGCCCUUCCCCACGGACCUCCCGGGCCGCAGGGCCCUCUAUGACCUCGACCAACAGUGCAGGCAGAUCUUUGGACCGGGUUAUCGCCACUGUCCCAACACCUCAGAACAGGACACCUGCGCCCAGCUCUGGUGCCAAAUGGAUGGUGAUGAGGGUGUCUGCCACACAAGGAACGGCAGCCUGCACUGGGCUGAUGGCACUCCCUGUGGACCUGGGCUCUUGUGCUUGGAUGGCAGCUGUCUGCAGGAAGAGGAAGUGGAGAGGUCCAAGGCAGUGGUGGACGGAGGCUGGACGCAGUGGGGACCCUGGGGAGAAUGCUCCCGGACCUGCGGAGGAGGAAUACAGUUUUCAUACCGUGAAUGCAAAGAUCCUCAGCCUCAGAAUGGGGGAAAGUACUGCCUGGGUCAGAGAGCCAAGUACCAGUCAUGCAACACGGAGGAGUGCCCACCUGAUGGAAAAAGCUUCAGGGAGCAGCAGUGUGAGAAAUACAACGCCCACAAUUACACUGGCCUAGAUGGCAACUUACUGCAGUGGGUCCCCAAGUACUCAGGAGUGUCCCCCCGGGACCGCUGCAAGUUGUUCUGCCGAGCCCGGGGAAGGAGGGAGUUCAAAGUGUUUGAAGCCAAGGUGAUUGACGGCACCCUGUGUGGGCCUGAGACUCUGGCCAUCUGCGUCCGGGGCCAGUGUGUCAAGGCUGGCUGUGACCACGUGGUGGACUCGCCAAAGAAGCUGGACAGAUGUGGGGUGUGCGGGGGCACAGGCAACUCGUGCAGGAAGAUCUCUGAUUUCUUCGUGCCCAGCAGAUAUGGCUACAAUGACAUCAUCACCAUCCCAGCUGGUGCCACAAACAUUGACGUGAAACAGCGGAGCCACCCCGGGGUUCAGAACGAUGGCAACUACCUGGCUCUGAAGACUGCCGAUGGGCGGUACCUGCUCAAUGGCAACCUGGCCAUCUCUGCCACGGAGCAGGACAUCCUAGUGCAUGGAACCAUCCUAAAGUACAGCGGCUCCAUGGCCUCCCUGGAGCGGCUCCAGAGCUUCCGGCCCCUCUCAGAGCCUUUGACCGUGCAGCUCUUGACUGUCCCUGGUGAGCUCCCCGCCCCCAGAGUCAAAUAUACCUUCUUUGUUCCGAAUGACAUGGACUUCGGCAUACAGAACAGCAAAGAGAGAACAACCCCCAACAUCAUUCAGCCACUGCUCCUCACUCAGUGAGUGCUGGGGACUGAGUGCUCCAGCAGGGCUGGCUGGCAGCAGCACACAGUGGAAAGCAGAGACCACUCAGGCCAGGCAUCUGUCACCUGCAGCAGGGCUCUUGCAACCUGAGCUCCCACGCCCUGCAGAAGCCAGCAGUGCCCCCUACGAUCCCAUGGCAGGGGAGGGUCUUGUGCUCAUGGACUUGCAGUCCUGGGAUAUAGACAGGGUCAUUUAUCAAGUAGCUAGACCUGCCCAGGCCUCCCAUUGUCACAGCCCCUUGGGUGCUGCCUAAUUCAUAAGGGGUGGCAAACAGGGGAUGGGACGUCGGAGUGAAAAUCAACUACCUAGUAGACUGGAACUUUCAGGGGUGCAAGCAGAAGGCAUGUGUUAAAAGGUAAAAUGCACUUAUUGACCCAAAAAGGAGACUCAGAGCCAGCCUGCUUCAAAGGACUCACAAGGCUAAAUGAAAAACGAAACUCUUUUCUAUUGGUUUCCCUGAUAAAUCAUCUACCUCAGAGGGGAAAGAAUAGUUCAAGAGAGGUGUGGGGCAGAAAGUCGAUAAUGAAUGUCAAAAGAAGCCCCUCCGCUGUGCCCCAGGGGUCUUGGGACAGUCACAACUGUCUUCAGUGUUCAAAUCUAUCAUGUAAAGGGCUGCAGCAGCAUCAUGAGGCUGUGGAGAGCCACGUGUUCUCAGGCCACCACCAGCUGGGGCGGACCCUCUUCAAGUAUUUAUGCAAAUUUGUCUCUGAA